GUCGCGGGCCACAUGGAACUGAAACCUGGAAGCGAGGUUUCUUCUUCACCCUACCUUUUGCUUCCCUGGGUGUGGCUUAGGUUUUCAGUUCCAUUUCCCAUCAUCUCCGUCCCAGGGGCAUCCCGCUCCCCCUUCGUCCACAACUUUCCCCCCCUCUUUCAUCCCUCCAUCCCGUUAUCGUUCUUCCCGGGUAAGCGGUUGCUGCACUCUGACGAAACAUCGAUAUCAGACGAGGCGUGUACUGGCUUUGCUCAAGAACCACAAAAUCUCUACAGCUUUGCUCGCAUUAUAUCUGGGCUCCCAUAUUCUGAUAGGAUAAAACAUACUUGAAUGAUCUGCCAGUUGGAAUCAAUCGAUCAAUCCAUCACCAAUAGACCCGUUGCAGCAGCAUCUGGUACAGGACAUAUAUCGGGCCGCGCCAGCGAACCAUCAUCUCUACUCCGGCAGUAGCUUGCGACGAGAUAAGAAACCCUACGCGCAUGUGCUUUUUUCCUGUUAGUGCGAGCAUUGCCAACUAAAAAGUAAUUCCGCCCAUGGCGCAAUAGCGUUUGUUGUCACACACGGUUCUUUCACUCUUAACUCUCCUCUUACUUUUCACUCUCACUUUCAAUCCUCUCUUUGCUGAAUACACAGCUUGGGCUUGCAGACUGAUCUUGAGUGUCACGCUCGAGACGGAUACUGUGCUCGAGCACGCAAGAACACCAGGCGUUGAAAGGUAACGCUGGUGGGACCCGAGGCGGCAACACAUCAACGCCCGGACUGGGUCCAAUAUGGCUACACACAGCGGCUUUCCGGAUUCGGAUCCCGCAUCAACUCUGAGUCGGGGCACUGCGAUGGAUUCCCAAGGCAUGGACUCAGAUACAACGACACGUCUUCGCGAUACCCUCAAGACAAACGGGCUCACGGACAAUGACACCGAAGCGACGGGCCUGUUGGGUCCUGACGGCGGCCAUGAUGCUCGCAAGGACAGCUGGGCCGCAAUGAAGGACUUUGAUGGGCUACCAUGGUGGAGAAAACCAGCUGUCUGGUGGCUGGUAGCACCUUAUGCCAUGUUCACCUUGGCCUUUGGAGGCUCUUUGGUCCCCAAGAUUAAUCUAAUCAUCACUCUCAUAUGUGACCGGUACUUUGCCGAUAGAUCAGCAGCAGAUCCUAGCUUCGUCUUCACACCUGUUAUCCACGGCGGCAACAACCCCCAAUGCAACACCCCCGACGUACAGCGCCUAGUUGCAAGCUUCACCUUGUGCAUGAGCGUUUUGGUGGGCAUAAUCAGCGCUUUCACUGCACCCAAGCUCGGAGCACUCUCGGAUCGAUAUGGUCGCACAUCGAUGGUGGCCAUCUGUUCCGUCGGUGGCGUCGUUUCCGAGAUUACGGUCAUCUUGGCUGGGAAGUAUCCAGAUACCGUUCACUACAGCUGGAUUUUGCUCGGCGCCUUUUUCGACGGCCUGGCCGGUUCCUUCACUGCUGGCAGCGUCCUCAUCCACUCGUAUGCCAGCGAUUGUACGCCCCCAUCCAAAAGAGGCGUUGCCAUUGGUUAUCUCCACGCGUGCCUGUUCACCGGCCUCGCCUUCGGUCCUCUCCUAGCCGGCUAUUUCGUCAAGUGGACAGGAUCCCUUUUGUCCAUCUUUUACGUUACCCUUGGUUGCCACAUCGUCUUCAUCCUGUUCAUCUACUUCGUCACCCCCGAAUCGCUCUCCCGGAGGCGGCAGCUCCUCGCACGCGAGAAAUACGCCAGGGAGCAGGAGGCCCUCGGGGAAGUUCCCCGUUGGGCAGCCGCGGUGUCCAAGUUCAUCCCUUUUGGCAAGCACUUUGGACAUGGCGUGCGCUCUGUGCACAGGGCGAAUCCUUUUGCUCCGUUGAAGGUCCUGUUUCCAUCGGGUCCUCAACAUAAGCGCCUGCGUCGCAAUCUUGUCACGCUGGCACUCAUCGACAUGUCCAUCCUUGGAGCUGCCAUGAGCUCCGGCACGAUCUUGAUCUUGUACACAGAAUUUGUCUUUGGCUGGGGAAACCUCGAGGCCUCGCGGUUCAUGUCCCUGGUCUCGAUGGUCCGGAUCUUCGUUCUCAUUGGCAUUUUCCCCGUCAUCAAUUACAUCUUCCGCACUCGGCCUGCAGCUCGCCGAAGGAGGGAGUCUGGCAACUUGCCGGUUGACGAGAAGAAUGUCGGCGCCGACGAACUGGACGUCUGGGUUCUGCGCAGUGCCCUGAUCUCCGAUGUCAUCGGCAUUGGCGGGUACAUAUUUGCUCGUACCCAGGAGUGGUUUAUCCUGUCAGCCGUCAUUGCAGCCUUUGGGGGGCUCGGAUCGGCAUCGAUUCAGGCCUCUAUAAGCAAACAUGUCCCUACUGAGCGGGUGGGACAGUUGCUGGGAGCUGUUGGGCUGCUUCAUGCCCUGGCACGUGUCUUCUUCCCCAUCAUCUUCAAUGGGCUGUAUGCAGCGACCGUGUCGACGUAUCCGCAGGCGUUCUUUGUGUUGCUGUGUUCUAUCUUUGCGGUAGCGCUGGUAGCGUCUUUUACUGUUAGACCUCAUGUAUUCAUAGCAGAGGAUGAUGAGCCUAGACCUUCGUCAGCUGGUUCAGGAUCGACACGAAUUAGGCAGAGGCAGGAUCUGUUGGAGGAUGAGGAGGUUAUACCUGGCUUGUAAGAUCUAGUAUGUCAUGCUUAUUUGUAGCCCUUUCGCAAUCUCCCCUUGGCAUUUUAGUUGUAUGUAUGUGUGGAUAGAUUUCUCUACACCAGGCGGUUUUUGUUUUUUGUUGCUUAUAUCGCGUGGAUGCUGUAUCUAUCAAGGCGGCUUUUAUUUCUUGUUGUUCAUAUCGCUUGGAUGCUCUGCCCAGUGCCUAGAAAUGUGAAUCUUCUGUUAAGACGGGAAACACCACUUGAAGGAUUGUACUGUGUGAACUCCUCUCAUUUAUCAAUGAUCAGAUACAUGUGUGUAUAGGUUGGCGAUAGUGUCGACCUCAAAGGCCAGUGCAUUAGUAGUCGUUGGAGUUGACCAGCUUACCUAGUUUGGGAAUUAUCUCUCAUAACACCAAG